AUGACAAUUGUCAAGAACAAAGAUGCAGAGUCUAAGGAUGCACCUAAUGCUGAAUCUGCAUCUGAGGAAGAGCUAGACUCUGACGAUGAAAAUGAGGUUCUCUGUGAAUUGCAAGUCGAUUUCAAGAAUAUCGCAAAAAAUGGGUUGGAUCUUCGUCCAGCAGUUAAGCUUCAAGGCUGGGAAGGAUAUUUCAACAGGCUAACGGGACCCAUCUACGACAAGUUGGUGAAGGAAUUCUGGAAACAUGCUGAUUAUGACGAUCUUCAAGUGGUUUCCUAUGUGCUGGGCAAGAAGAUCAUCAUCACUGAGAGAUCAAUUGCUCUGCUUCUAGGUCCAGACACCAUCAAGGGUUACAGAUUUCAAGCAAAUGAUUCCAAGUUGCGGGCAGUUAAAGACACGAUCAAUUCAGUGUUGUAUGCAAAUUGGAAACCUGGAAAGUUUGAUUACAAGACUAGAGAGCUUCAUCCUGAUUUAAGAAUCUGGCACAAGAUUAUGCUAAACUGCUUCAAUCCCAGACCCAUUGGAAGCUCUCAUGACUACAUCAACUUCAAUCAGAAGGUGAUGCUUUACUUCAUCAAGACUGGGGAGAAGAUAUGUCUUCCUUACUUCUUAUUCAAUUAUCUGAAGGACUGCAUAAGAAGAUUAAGAACAACUGCUGUUGUGACCAAGAACACGAUCAAGUACAUUCCUUUUGGAAGGUUGCUAUCUGAUCUGUUUGUUGAGAGCAACCUGGUCAAGGACUUGAUUGAUGUAGGAUGCACUGAAGACCUCUCCACUCUGACCGGAGAUGCCUUUACUUCUACAACGAUGAAGAGGAUGUGCCUGAUAGAAAAGAAGAUCGAGGCUGACUCUAUCAUCACACCAGAAGAGAUCAAGGGAAGAAGAAUCCCUCUCAAUGAUUAUCCCCUCUGGUCUAAGGCUGAUGAUCCAGAGGCUAUCAUGUACUAUCUUGAGGAUCUGAAGAGUCUUGGGUGUGAGAUUGAUGUAGAUGAGUUCUUCAGAGCUCUUCCAGAAGCCCCUGAUUAUGAAUCCCCCAAGAAGAAGAAGACAAAGAGGAAGAAACAGGAUACUACGUUAACUUGA